AUGGCCAUGAGAGGCACCGAAGGACCAAUGGGUCUCACCGGUGUGCCAGGACCACAAGGACCAAGCGGUCCAGAAGGGAUCAAAGGAGAACCAGGAGAUGGAGGCGAACCGGGCCUGCCAGGCAUCCGAGGCCCUCUGGGCCCCCAGGGCCGCGAAGGGCGCCGCGGGCGGGCAGGCCGCGACGGAGAGCGCGGCGCGACCGGCCCGAACGGCGCCAAGGGCGAGCAGGGCUUGCUGGGGCUGCCCGGCCUGCCCGGCGCGAAGGGCGAGCGCGGCGCGGCGGGCGGCCAGGGGGAGAAGGGCCUGCAGGGCCACGACGGAGUGGAGGGCCCGCCGGGCAGCAAAGGGCAUCCCGGCCCCACGGGGCAACCCGGCCACCCGGGACAGCCGGGGGCGACCGGAGCAGUCGGCCCACCGGGGCCCCAGGGAUUGCUCGGGCCUCCGGGAAUAAUUGGUCCUCGUGGAAAACCAGGAAUCCCUGGGCUUCCAGGCGCUGAAGGCCUACCAGGAGCAAACGGCAACCCGGGAAUAACAGGUUCAAAGGGGGAACAGGGACCAGCAGGACCCCAGGGCUCCAUUGGCUUCCCUGGAGCUCGCGGUGUCAAGGGGGAUGAAGGCAAUCGAGGGUCGUCUGGUGAAAACGGUGAUAGGGGCGAUAGGGGAUUGGAAGGCGAGAAAGGAGAGCCAGGAGCCAAAGGAGAUGCUGGCAGUCAAGGACCCCAAGGAACUCCUGGGUUGGAAGGGCCAGAAGGUCCUAAGGGCUUUGAUGGUCCACGAGGAGAAGCAGGUCAGAUUGGAUCCCCUGGUGAAAAGGGAAAAGAAGGUAUUCAAGGUCUCAUUGGGUAUCCUGGUACCACUGGGGAAAAGGGGGAUAAGGGCGCUACUGGACGGACUGGUCCAGAUGGUAUUAAAGGAGAGAGGGGCCACCCCGGCACGGCGGGCGAGCGCGGCGACACCGGCCCCCGGGGCUUCCGCGGGGCGCGCGGCCGCCGCGGCUCUGACGGUCUGCAGGGCCCCAAGGGCGACACGGGCCAGCCGGGCGCGCCCGGGCCGCAGGGCGAGGCGGGGCCGCCGGGCGCGGAGGGCGCGAGGGGAUUCGCGGGGGCGCCCGGGGCGGCCGGGCCAGGGGGGAAGGACGGUGGUGCGGGGAUGCCAGGGGAGAGAGGCGCGCCGGUGAGCCCGACUGGGGAGCCGGGCCCCAUCGGCGAACCGGGCGCCCCCGGCCCGCCCGGGGUGCCCGGAGAGGUCGGCCUGCCCGGCGAGACGGGCAAGGAGGGCCCGCCCGGGCCGAGCGGGCCGGCGGGCGGACAAGGGCCGCCGGGGGCCGCGGGGCUGCCGGGGUUUCCGGGGGAGCGGGGGCACAACGGGUUGCCGGGUAUGCCUGGUCUGAAAGGGGACACUGGUCCGAUGGGUCUGCCGGGAGCUGUCGGCGACAAAGGUCAACAAGGCGAGCCAGGCAAGGAUGGACCCUCGGGGCCAGAGGGUCGCCAGGGGCCUCCGGGGUCUGUGGGGCCUAGUGGCUCUAAAGGAGAAAGGGGUGAAGCUGGACCACCAGGAGUGGCAGGCAGAGACGGACUUCCUGGUCUCAGAGGCCUUUCUGGGGCUCCUGGUCCAGUCGGAUCGCCAGGAGAAGACGGCGACAAAGGUGAUAUCGGUCCGCCAGGAGAAAAGGGUUUCAAAGGGUCACAAGGAGAAGCGGGCCCAGCGGGAAAUCCGGGAUCGCAGGGGGUACGAGGGGAGCCGGGCGCUGUGGGGCCUCAGGGCGACCGCGGCCCCCCGGGAGCCAUGGGCAGGCGAGGGACGAAAGGGGAGGACGGGCUGAAGGGGCUGCCCGGCCCGGGGGGACCGGCGGGGCCACAGGGGAUGCCCGGGCCGAUGGGGGUGAAGGGGGAAAUCGGGGAUGUCGGCCAGAAGGGUCCUCCUGGUCCAGCAGGAUCUCCAGGAGAGCAAGGCGUCCGAGGUCCCAAAGGCGCCGAGGGAAUUCCAGGUCCGUUUGGACCAGAAGGAAAGCAGGGUAGCAAAGGGGAUGAUGGACCGCCCGGACCAGUUGGCCCCCCUGGACAAGACGGAAAAGAUGGCGAGCGAGGUCCGGCCGGCCAAAAAGGCGAAGAGGGCAAGGCGGGCGUCGGAGGUCCGCCCGGCCUGAGGGGCGGCCCGGGCGUCGACGGGCCGAAAGGGUCCGCAGGGCCGCCCGGCCAUCCCGGUCCGCCCGGCGAGCCGGGUCCGACCGGACCGAAGGGCGAGCGGGGCAAGGAGGGAGAAGACGGGGCGCGGGGAGAGGCGGGACCGACGGGGGAGCCGGGGGCGGCCGGGAAGAUGGGGCCGACGGGGCCGCCCGGGAGACCGGGCGUGGAAGGACCUGCCGGACAACAAGGAAACACAGGACCACCAGGUGAGAAAGGGGACAAAGGAUCGCUAGGUGCCCCCGGACUUCAGGGAACUCCCGGAGUUCAAGGAGUUCCAGGACCACAGGGAGUUCAAGGACUCAUCGGAGCCCCUGGAGCAGCAGGUGAGAAUGGCCCUCCCGGAUCUCCCGGUCUUCCGGGUAGCCAAGGGAAGCUGGGCGAGCAGGGCCCCAGGGGUCAGAAGGGCGAUCGCGGCAGAAGAGGCAUGAAGGGCCAUAGGGGGGACAUCGGGAAUCCCGGGCUCAAAGGGGACGAAGGAGAACGCGGGCCGAAAGGGGUCAAGGGGCCAAGAGGGCCGGAAGGAGUCAAGGGGGAUAUGGGCCCUGCGGGUCCGAUUGGCGUCAAAGGCGACGACGGGCCUGUAGGACUGCCGGGCCUGGAAGGGCCUCCCGGCCCGAAGGGCUCCGAGGGGCAGGCCGGCAACAAGGGGGAGCCGGGGCCCGCGGGACCCCCGGGCCCCCAAGGUGCGCCGGCAGAGAUGCCUCUGUUGCCGCCAGAGCUGCUGUUCCAGAUGAGCAACAACGUCGACAAGGGGGUGACUAGAAGGAGAAGGAGCGUGGAAGAACUGAUAAAUGACUAUGAGGAAGAAGUCGGAUCAAAAACAACUGAAACAACUCCAACAGAAGAUGAUGCGAAUAAAGAUGACAUGAACGUGAAAUUCUUGGAUAUGUACAGCACCAUUUACUCCAUGAGACAAGAGCUAGAAAAGUUCAGGAAACCGACAGGAACCAAAGAGAACCCAGCCAUGACAUGCAGAGAUUUGUAUUACGGGCACCCAUACUACGAAAACGGUUGGUACUGGAUCGAUCCCAAUCUUGGAAUGAAAGAUGAUGCUGUAUAUGUUUACUGUAAUAUGACUGCUGAAGGAGAGACUUGCGUUUUUCCUGAUGUCCACAGCUCAAAUAUGCCGAAUAUUCCAUGGAGAAGGGAGGGCAACAAACGAGAUUGGUAUUCCAAUUUGAGAGGAGGAUUCAGAAUUACCUACGAAACGAUGGGAACGGUCCAGAUGGCCUUCCUGAGGCUCCUCUCCCAGGAAGCCUACCAAAACUUCACCUACACCUGCGUCAACAGCAUAGCCUGGUACAAUUCGAACACCUACAAGUUCGACAUGUCGAUCAAAUUGCUCGGAGACAACGACCAAGAAUUCUCGGACCACGGUUUGAAGCCAGAAGUGCUCUCCGAUGGGUGCAAAUCAAGAAGCGGGAAAGCAGAAACGGUUUUUGAGGUUAGAACGGAAAAAUUGUCUAGGUUGCCUGUCGUCGAUUUUUAUCCUGUGGACUAUGGCGCUCCGAACCAAGCGUUCGGAUUUUCGGUCGGUCCGGUGUGUUUCAAAUGAAAUUGGCUUGUUGUUUUUUAUGGAUCGUUGUUAUAGCACCUUUAUUUAUUUGUUGAAUAAUUUAGGGAAUGUACAUAUAUUUUUUGUCACUGCCAUAUUUUUUUCUAUGUUUUUUAAAUAUAAGAUUUAUUACUGUGCACAGAAGUAAAAUCAUAAGUUGCCGAUGUUUUGUAUCAUUUUCGAUUCCUGGUUCCUUCUCAUAUUGAUAAAUCGGAAUCACACUCGGAAUCAUUACCUAGACCACCAACUUCAAGAAUAUUAAAAGUAAAAAGUAAUCAAAGCUCACUAUACA